GACCGCUUUACUCAGAUUAUAAGCGAAAAAAGCCAAAUAAUCCCGCCAAACGCCCUGCUUAUUAUCUUGCUUUUUUGGAACGCGACCGCGAAAAAAUCCACCCCAACACUGCGUUUCGAAACGCGGCUCGCUCCUCGCUUUUCUCAAAACGCGACGCUUUCCCCUUGUAGCCCCUCGGUCCUCUCCUCCCCACCCGACCCAGAUCUGGAUCGGGCCUCCUUGCCGCCGGUCGCCUCCUGUCUGCUGAGGCGUCCGGCCUUGUCUGCUGCGGCGUCCGGCCGGCUGCCGCCCGCCUCUCUCCCUGCUGCGCACGCCGGCCCGCCUCCCUGCUGUGCCCGCCUGCUUGCAGCACGAGCAGCAGAGCCCCGCCGGGACUGCAGCAGGGCGCCAGCAGAAGAGCCCCACCGGGACCGCAGCAGAGCUCCGCCUCCCUGCUGUGCAGCCUUCUGCUCCCUGCUGUGGCUGCCUGGAGCGAGGACCCCAAGAAGCCCCGGCACGUCCCUCAAGCUAGCAGGCAGCAACGCCCUCUCCUUCCUCAAGCUAGUAGGCAGCAGCGCCCUCUCCUUCCUCCCUGCUUCGAAGAUGGAAAAAACAACAAAGGUUCCAGCUAGAUGGGAUGCAUUUGCAGCCAAAGUGUUCAACGAAAUAUGUGUAGAAGAAGUCCUUGCCCAUAACAGGCCACAACAUUGCUUGAAUUCUGUGGGUUAUGCUAAUUUGGUGAAGAAGUUCUUUGAUCGAACAAAAAGACCGUACACCCAAGACCAAAUGAAGAACAGAUGGGAUGUUCUAAAGAAGAAAUACAGUCAGUGGAAGACCUUGAACAUGAGAGACACGGGAUUGGGUAGAGAUCCUGUUACUGGAUGUAUUUCAGCCUCAGAUGAGUGGUGGGCUGACCAAAAUGCGGCUAUGCCAGGAUGUAUAUCAUUCAAAAAUUCAGUUCUUGAGCAUGAGGACAUGAUGCACAUAAUGUUUGAAGCAAUUAGUGUUACAAAUGAAACUUCAUAUGUUCCUGGAACUGGUCAUGCGGGGGGAGAGGAGGAAGAGCAUGAUGAUGGCGAGGAUGGUGAGGCUGAUGGUGAAGGUGAGAGGGGUGCACCACAGGUCACCCCAAGUGCUAACAAAAGGCCAGCUCCAUCUUCAGGGAGAACCACAGGUUCCCCUUCUGGAAAGAAAAAGAAAAUAUAUAGGGAUACCCUUAUGAGGAGGUUGGUGGAAACAUAUGAGAAGAAGACCCAGAGUAGUAAUAAUUCAGCAACUUCUCAUGUCAUUGAUCAUGUUAGAGAUGAGAUUGGAUCUAUGUUGGAGCAAGUCCUUAAUGAUGGCGCUGAAGAAGGGAGUGAUGAGCACUACUAUGCUACCCAACUUCUAAAAAACAAGGAGAACCGUGAUGUGUUUAUUACUUUGAAGACACCUUCUGGGAGACUUAAUUGACUGAGGAGAGCAUGGGAGGACAGGAAGAACUAGUGAUGUUGUUUUGUAAUGAACCAAUAUUUCCUUGCUUAAUUUCCUUGUACUGUAAUAGACCAGUAAUUUAUUUCCUUGCUUCAUUUAGUUGUACUGUAAUGGACCAAUUAUUUGUUUCCAAGAAUAAUUAUGUUGUUUCCCUGCUUUAUGUGUACCUAUUUUAUA